AUGGAUUGGCCUUUAAGGCUCAAAAUAGCAAUUGGGGUUGCAAAAGGAUUUACAUGGCUACACCACAACUGCAAUCCUUGUAUUAGCAACCGAAACACAACUACUCUAAAAGGGGAUGUCUAUAGUUUUGUGAUCGUGCUUCUCGAGUUAGUAACAAGCGAGAGAUCGACCAAUUUGGCUAAAGCCCCAAAGAGAAUUAAUAAAAGAUUUGUAGAUUGGAUUUUUCGGCUCUCUAGAGCCUAUGUACUUCUAGAUUCAAAUUUUCGGUCCUUUGUUGGAAAGGGUUAUGAUGGUGAGCUUUCUGGAUUUCUUAAUAUUGCUUGUAGCUGUGUGCUGACUGAUCCCACCAUCUUUGAAGCGUGCAUGUUUUUUAGAGCUAUUGAACAACAGUAUAAUAUGGCAACGAAAGAUGACAUCUUGUUGCCAUUUGUAGAUGAUCUUGCUGAUCAACUAGAUGAACUUAUUAUCACUUGA